AUGGCCUCUCAACUAAAGAAGGGAAAGGAGCCAGCGAAUGCCGUGUCUCAGUCCAAGGUCAAGAAGACCAGAGCUACCCCGAAGAAAGAGUUUACCCAAAAUGAAAUUUUUCUCUACCACGCUAUCAAGAGUGGUGAGCCCAAGUUUGACUAUUAUGCAAUCGGGAAGGUACUGGGCAAGUCCAAGGAUGCUGUCCGCAUGCAGAUGAGUCGCCUCCUGAAGGAUGUCGGGGAGUUCAUAAAGGACCAUGAAGACUUGGCUCAAAUGGCUCAACCUGAGCACGAGGAGAACUCGGACAACAAAGACGACGCCGAGAACGGCAGCCGAGACGACAAAGAUGGCAGUAAGGAAGACAAGACCUCUGUCGAGACCGGUGACAUGGAAGAUAUCUGA